GGUGAACUAGACUCACUUCCUGUUGAUAAUCUCGGAGUAAGUCAUGUGACAUCAUUUAACUGCAUGUAUUCAGCUACGAGAAUCUCCGAGAGUUACUAUUUCAUACAAAAUGGAGGAUGUCACGAGAGUUGUUAAGGACAUUGUAAGGACAGUUGUUCCUUAUUUAGAAGAUGCUCGUGUUAAAGUUAAUGGUGCCUGUGACCAGGUUGAAGGAUGGCAGGUUAUAGCUUACACUUUUGGAUUCACAUUGAUUCUGAUAUCUUUGUACAACUUUAUAUUUGAUGAAGAAAAAAGUUUAAAAGAGAGAAUUAAAAAACGUUUCUUCAAGUUUGUGAAGAAGUUACCUAUAAUCAAAGACCAAAUUGCCAAGGAGAUUGAUAAGAAUGCUAAAGGUGUGGAAGAGGGUUUUCAAAAAGGUGUCGGCAAGAUGAAGUACAUGCACAAACUGCCAGACAAGGGAUGGACAGAGAAAAAAAUCAUGGAUGAACUGGACAGAUAUCACUCAUUAGUGAAAGUAGACUGGACAAAGGGUACAGUGUCAGGAGCUGUAUAUAGUGGUGAUGAUAAACUCACAGAUAUUCUUGUGGAGGCAUACAGGAAGUUUGCAUGGACAAAUCCCCUUCAUCCAGAUCUGUUCCCUGACAUACGUAAGAUGGAAGCAGAAGUUGUACGUAUGUGUUGUAACAUGUUCAACGGUGAUGACAAAUCGUGCGGCUCUGUGACAUCAGGGGGUACAGAGAGUAUCUUAUUAGCAUGUCUGGCUUACAGAAAUAGAGCUAGAGAAAAUGGCAUUAAAUUUCCUGAAAUGAUUGUUCCAGUUACAGUACAUGCUGCAUUUGAUAAGGCAGCUGAAUUUUUCCACAUGAAAAUCACACAUAUACCAGUGGAUCCUGUUACGUGUAAAGUUGAUAUCAGAAAAAUGAAGAGAGCUAUUAAUGGAAGCACAUGCAUGUUAGUUGGCUCUGCUCCACAGUUUCCGCAUGGAUCCAUUGACCCAAUAGAAGAGAUAGCAGCUCUCGGACGUAAGUACAGUAUUCCGGUACAUACAGAUUGUUGUUUAGGAGGCUUCCUGGUUCCCUUUAUGGAGAAAGCUGGUUUCUCUGUACCAAAAGUUGACUUCCGGGUACCAGGAGUUACUAGUAUAUCUGCAGAUACCCAUAAG